UUUAGGUUAAGAGUUGGCAACAAUGGUACUUUCACUUAACUCCAGUAGCAACUAAAGCCACCUGUCAAUUCAAAAACAGUUUUUGUUGUUCUUCCCGGAAACACUUCCAUAGUGAGAGGAAGCUGUCAGCAGAUGCUCUUCGAGCAUCGGGCUGAGCUAUGUUCCUGAGGUGAGCAAGCGAGCAAGCGAGCAAGCGUGUGUUUCACUCUGGGCCUGUGAGAUGUGCCAGGUGUUUAAACAAGGGCUGCGAUGAGGACUGUAGAUUACUUGGAAUCCAUUGUAUUCUUUUUCCUUGUUGGAAAAAGAAAGCUCCUGAAAACAAGCCCUUAUUUAAAGGAAGCCCCAGUUAAUCCAACAAAGCUUUGAAUAAAUUCCCUUUCAUACAAACUGCUUGACAAAAACCAUUUGGCCCCAAGGAGCCCAUUGAGGCCAGAAGCUGGAAUCAACACCCCACAGAGGGCUCAGACAGUUCAAAACUCAGGCCCUACUUAAAACAUAACAGACUCUUACUGAACUUGAGCAGAAUGAGAUUUACCUGAUCACGCAAGCAGCGGCCUUCUGAAGAGCACCGACACACCUCACCCGCAAUGAAGAACAGUUAUGGAACAUUUGCAGGUGGCAGGAAACGGUGCUCAUGCCGCCUUCAUGGACUCUCCACCUUUUGAGACCCAGUUACCCCAGAGAUAACUGAACAGACGGGGGCACAGGCUGCUGCCUAAUCACACUGGGUGCGCGCGAUGUCUGAAUAUAUUGACAAGGCGGCAAGAUGGAGCUGGCGGCUCGGAACGAUAUCCCAUGAGCCUGGCUGCUGGAUCUGAUAAGGUGGCCACAUGAGGAUCUGUGCCCCAGGGCUGCCUGGCACCUGGGGAUCUGCUUGGAGCCAGGGCUCUUCUGGCCAAGGCUGAGGCUCUCAGGUGUCUUCCAGCUACUCCAUGAGUGACACAAACCAAACCAUUGUGGGGCCCUCGGACCUCCCCACGGCAUCAGCCACGUCCCCUGGACCAAGCACCAUGGCCCGGCCAUGGCCUGUGCUUGUAGGGGUUGUACUGGGAGCUGUGGUCCUCUCUCUCCUCAUUGCACUUGCUGCCAGAUGCCACCUUUGUCGCAAAUACCGUAUCAGCUACCAGCACCGCCGGCUCUCCAGGACAAGGAAGGGGAUCUGUCCGGAGGUGGGUGAAGAUGAGGAUGAUGAUGGCUUCAUUGAGGACAAUUACAUUCAGCCUGGGGCCAGCGGGCUGGGGACGGAAGGUAGCAGGCACCAAUUCUCCCUCUGAGCCCCGGUCUUUGGAUAUUCCCUGCCCCCUUAUGCCUGACAGCUAAGGAUUGUGAAUACUAUAUGGAAGCCAUGAACCUCAGGGAUGGAGGUGGCUAAGGUUUAAGAGCUGACCAAGGGUUGAGCAAUUUUUGCUUUGCUGACACUAGCCACCAAAGUGACAAUGACCCUCUCUUGCUCAAUAACCCUCAAUGGCUCCCUGCUAUUCUCAGGAUAAAGCCUACCAAGGACCUAACUAUGUAAAUAAGGCCUCUGUCAGCCUCUUCGUUUCCAUCCUUACCUUUCCCUACUAUUCUCCCUACUUAACUAGUUAUUAUUAUAUACCAGGAGACAACAUUUUAGCAGAUAAAAAUCAGUGUGCCAAGUUUCUUAUUGAAAUUUUUUCCUAUCAAUAAAGUGGGUAAUCUAAAUAGUUAUAACAUACUCUGUUUUUCACAGGUAUUAAAAAAUCUAUUUUCAUUUCAA